UAAGAUUACUGCGUUGCCACUGACWCUAAAUACAAUAACACAAAAAUAUCUCAAAUAGGAGUUGUUUUUCUUUUGGAGGCAAGAAGUGACGAAAGAAAAAGUUGAGAAGGAAGUCCUAUUUKGAAGCAAAAUUAAUAUCAAUGGGCAUGGUUGUAAAAAAUAUUCCGGAGGAUACAAUGUCCGAAUCACAGGUUCCGUCCUCUCCGAUCAAGCAAAUGAACAAGGUGGGAACAGACAGCGAUAAGAAGGCAAUGAAAGAUGACAAUAGGGAUGAUGUGUUGCAACGAACUUCGAUAAUCAAAGAUGAUCAAAUUUUUGUCAACUUAGCAAUGGCAGAUUUGAUGGCCUACCUCCAGGUAGUCGCAAACAACAGCAACAACUUGCCCUUGACGAGACGCGAUGACCCAGAACUUACGCGAAUGGUAUCGAAUCUUUCUAGUGAGGAGUAUGCCAGAAAAAGUGCAGCAUUCAUCCCGGCUGAUGUUAGGGUCAUUGCGGGAUCCUUUCUAAAGUAUGGAAAUGUGUGGGAUUUACCAACAAGUGAGGAAUAUGUCGCAUCAGAUGGAGCACAAGAACCAGGUGAGUUAUCAUUAUGAUUGAAAGGACUGUAAGAAAGAACAAAGAUAAAAUUUACCCAUGCGAUUCGUCAUCCUAACAAGUGAACAUUCAURUUUUUCUUCACAGGACGAUCGUAUGGUGGAGCAUGCAGUAACAGUAUGUUGAAAGUUCUUUAUGAUGCAGCAAGCGAAGCUGCYACAAAUGUGGAUGAUGUCAACGCAUGYGAUGCGCUUUUUGAUGACGACGAUGACGAAUCGCUCGCUACUUUGCCAUUGGCACGAAACAGUACAUUUGCCUCUUUGGACAUGAAUGGACAAUCCAAUCCAUCUACGAUGACUUGGGCAGAACUUUUGAGAAAAAUGAAGAGUGAAAUAAACGAUAUUGAAUACU